CUUCCUCCCUCCCUUCCUCUCUUUCUCUCUCUCUCUCUCUCUGGCCCCAUUCCCUCCUUCGGGCGGCGAGAGAGAAAGAGAAAGAGAGAGAGGGAACGCGCCUUCGCCUCCGGGCCGGCAAAAUGGCGUUGGCGGGUCGGGUCGGGGCGCAAGCGGAGCAGCCCCUGGGCCCCGAGGAGGUCUCCCGGCGCCUGCGAGGGAUGCAGCGGGAGCUGAGCAACAGGCGCAAGGUCCUCAUCCGGAACCUGCCCGCCGAGAGCAGCAGCCAGGAAAUACACGAUUUAUUAAAAGACUUCGAAUUGAAGUACUGUUAUGUUGACAAAAACAAAAGGACAGCUUUUGUUACUCUACUGAAUGGAGAGCAAGCUCAGAAUGCCAUACAACUGUUUCACCAACAUACUCUUCGAGGGAAAGAAAUAUCAGUACAGCUUCAACCAACUGAUGCUCUACUCUGCAUUACUAAUUUACCCACCUCCUAUACAUUACAAGAGUUUGAAGAGUUGGUCCGGCCCUAUGGCAAUGUUGAGAGACACUUCUUGAUUUACAGUGAAGUUACUGGCUAUUCCAAAGGCUAUGGCUUUGUGGAAUACAUGAAAAAGGAUUCUGCAGCUAAAGCUAGGUUGGACCUUUUAGGAAAACAAUUAGGUGGAAAUGUCCUCUUUGCACAAUGGAUGGAUGUUAACCAAUUAACCCCAAAACUGAUACAUUCAAAGUGUCUAUGUAUAGAAAACCUCCCUGUAGACUGUACCGAUUCAAAUGAACUGGUGCAAACAUUCUCAGCUAAACCUAAGCCUGUCUUCUAUCAGCUUGCCCAGGAGGAAGAUAGCUCUGUUGGUGGCUUUGCAGUCGUUGAGUAUGAAACAGCAGAGCAGGCAGAGGAAGUACAGCAAAGCACAGAUGGUUUAACUAUCAAAGGAAAGAGUGUGCAUGUGUCAUACUGUGCUCCUGGAGCCCCAGGACGCAGCACACUUGCGACACUUAUAGCUGCACAGCGAAUGAUGAGGAACAACAGAAAGGGGUUGCUUCCAGAGCCAAAUGCAGUGCAGAUUAUGAAAAGCUUAAACACCCCAGCGAUGCUGCAAAUGUUAUUACAACCUCAAUUACAUGGAAGUCUUAACAAAUUUGUCCUUGGUGCUCCGGUGACUGUACCCCAUAUUGUAUCCCCAUUCAGCCCAGCAUUUGUACACUUGAAUAAAGUUCAUCAGGGACCAAUUCCUGGAAAUGCAUCCAGUUUGAUGUUACAAAAUCUCUCCCAUCUACAACUGGCACAACUAACGAAGACUGAAAAUAUUCAUACUAACACUAAACCUAGCUUGCUUGGAGAGCCUCCAGCAGUUCUGCUUCAGACAAUGCUAGGAAUGGGGGCUGCGCCACAAGUAACUGCAGACAUCGGGAGCCACGGAGAAGCACGCAAUUUAUCAAAUACAGCUCAAACACCGGUCACAACAGGGAUGGGCAUGCUGCCAUUCUUCCCAAGUCAGCACGUGGCUGGCCAAGCGAUGCCGAGGCCAAACAGCGCACAGGAGAAGCUGCCACCUGGAGUGGGGCUGACAGAAGGCGCUGGCUCUGGUUCACAGCCAUAUCGGCCGAGCUUGACAAAUGCCACUGCUGGAGGCCUGAGAGCAGGACAUCUCAUGCCACAGAGCCAGCCAAAGAGUGUGGACUCAGCCCUCGGGAAUGCUUUGAAAAACCAGACCUCUCUACUGGGAGAUCCUCCCAAAGAAAUCCACCUUAGUACAAAUCCCUACUUGAAUUUGGCCAGUGUGCUGCCGUCUGUGUGUCUUUCAGCCAUGAGCAACAAGGCCAGUAAUGCUAAGCAGCAAGCUGGACUUUCAAAUACCUCCCUCGACACGGCAGCUGCUCCGGGAAGCACAUCGCAGCAAACAGCAGACAACUAUUUCAGCUAUUUGCCUCAAUACGGAGAUUACACACAGGAUUCUCUCCAGCAGUGGUAUCAACAGUAUGCACAGGCAUAUCAUACCAUUCAAGCUAGAGUAGGAGAACUAGAAAACAAUGGCACAGAGGAAUCUGAUGGAGCUGUUUAUGGUGACUACAGUACCUACCUGCAGGUCAUGCCUUCUUAUUAUGCUACUGCCCAAGGAUCCUUCCCUCCAAGUGUCUUGCCACUUACACCUCAAAAUCCACUGAAGAUGGCACCAAUCAGAAGUGAAAAGCGGGGCUCUUCGUACCUCAUCUCCACUCCAGAAGAAAGUCCUGUGGAAUACGUGGGCCAACACACUCAGGGCUCAGGAGUGCAUUAUGCAGAAUUAUAUCUUAAAAGAAAACGUGUUUAUUGACAUCACUAUCAUGCUUGUAGACAAAGUCACUUCACACUAUUCUUAUCACCCAUUUCCUUCACUUUUAAUAAGUAUUGUAGUUUUUUUUAAAAAAAAAUCUCUAUAGGAAGUUCAUUUUUCUAAAGAAAAGGUAUAUGUAAUAAGGAACAGGGGGGUGGCUGUUACUCCCCAGACUAGAUUAUAUUUGCUGGAUGACAAUUAAGUUCCUUUAAGAAAUGGCAGCUUUGUGGGUUGAGAAUUUCUAUCAAAGCAAUAAAAAAUGGGGAGAGAAAAUGUUCUUGUUAUCUUUCUGGACACUUGCAGUGAUAGUCUUAACAAAACAGUUAUGUUGGUGUGCUUUUUAAAAAACCUUUGGAAGAUUUAGAUUCCUGGAUGCAAAGGAUUUUGUGUUUAAUCCUUCCUUUUGAUGUUUGACAAUAGUAAUAUCUCCUUAAUGAUUUUAAUGUGCCUUGCAUGCUGGAUUACAGCCCAGCGAGUUUAUUACUAUUGGGAGGACAAGAAUUACAGGCCAGUCUACUUGAAGUUACAAAAAUGUAACAUCCGCAACUCCUAAAGUACUAGAAUGUUAGGAAGAUGUCAGCAAAUAGCUGUUUUAUUAAACAGAUUAUCCAACUAUAAUGCUGAAAAUACAUGUCUGGAUGUCAACAUUUCUAUAGAAAUGAAAUGAAAACUCAUCUGUGUUUAUUAAUUUUGCUAUGUCCUUUCUAAAUCUGCAGACAGUAUUCAUAUACUUUUCCAAAAGGAGUAUGUAUGAAUUUCUGUUUAGUAUCCAAUCUAAAUGAUGGCUUAAUAAGAUGGCUUAGUAAUGUGAAUUUUCAGGUUAUAAUGGAUCUCAGCACAUUUAUAUACACAUUUUUUUAUUUUUGUUGCCUCUAAUUUAAAAAUAUUGAAGCACCGAGUUCAUUAAGCAGCUUUGACAAUU